AUGGCAGCUGGUUUUUGGGAAGAGCUUUCUAUGUUGGGUGACGCAACGGAGAUGCCCAGCUACUCUUUCUUACGCGAGGCCACACGAUUGCAAGAGACCAAGCACCAGAAUGCCUUGAUGGAUCUCCUCAAAAAGUACAAGCUGACGGCUAACAUCCCCAUGACAAUGCUGGAUAUAGGGAAUGCGAAGCACCCUGUUUUGAAACCGAGCGACUUUAUAUCAGCAUUAUCUCGGGAGAGGAAAUUGGAACUGUUGUUGUGCAACCAUACAGGCAUCGACUACCAGGACUUUUGGCACCACUGGAGGCUUCUCCAGAGUGACCACCCUGUCUUUGUGCAUCACUCCAGACGAUUACGAUCUUGCAUUCCUGUUUGGCUUUUUGCUGAUGAGGGAACAUCAAUUAAGAAGAAAGCGAUCCUUGUGCUACAGUAUCAGCCAAUCCUUGGAUGGGGGAGCAAAAGAGCGGAGGAUGUCAAUAUGCGUGGCGUCAGCACAACCACCAGAUUCUUGUUUUCCGUCAUGUCUGGAAAAGUCUAUGCUGGCAAAAAGAAGAAGCAAGAACCAUUACAUGACCUUGUUUCUGCUUUUGCCACUGAAAUGGGUUCCUGCUUCAACACCCCAAUUGAUGUGCAAGGUGUGCCUUGGACAAAGAAGUUGUACUUGAUUUGCCUGGGCCUGAAGGGGGAUCUCGCGGCCCUCGUAAAACUGGGGAAGCUCAGCCGGAAUUACAUGAGAGAUACAGCUACAGGCAUUGGACCAGGAAUUUGUCACUUGUGCAAGGCGGGGCAGGAAGGGUGUGGGUGGGAUGAGACCGAUUUCCUGCCCAUGCAGCGCAUGAAGACAAAUGUGCCGACACCGUGGCUUCGAGAGCCAAGCCUCAUCAGCCUUAUUCCUGUGAGCCCUUCCAAAAAAGCUGAAUUCUUUCGAUUGGACGUCUUCCACAUUCUGCUGAAAGGAGUCUUUGGCGAUAUUUGUGCCAACGCAAUUGUGACCUGCUACGACUUCCAAAUGUUUGGCAAUUUGUCUUUGGAUGGCUUGCUUCAGCACAUCUUCGAAGACCUGUUGGGAAUCAAGCGUGCCAGCAACUACCCCAAAGCGAUUCUUAGUCAGUCGUGGUUCAAGGGUGCUGACACCAGCACAUUGUGCAUUUACUUGGAGUCCAUGUUGCGGGACAUGCUGCCCAUUGUGCCCGAAAGCCAUCGCGAGUAUGUGAAUCUGAUUGUGGCGGCGCUCAAGAAUGCAAAUCUUUUCAUGAGGACCCUGCUUCACAGUGGGCUUUUUCUUCUUGAAUCAGAGCGCAACACAGCGAUUGCGGCCGGAAGUAAAGUCAUGAGUUUCUUCAAGCGCCUGGCUGGCAUGGCCUACGUGAUGCAACUUACCAGAUGGAAACUUCAACCAAAGUACCACUACAUGGCAGAAGUAAUAUUUGCCAUGGAGUAUGAGAAACAGCAAGACUUGCCAUCCUUGAAUCCAUUGAGCACAGCCACUCAACUUGAUGAGGACUUUGUGGGAAGGGUUGCUGGUGCUUCGCGAACGGUAUCAUCCCGGGCAACACACGUCCGAACGAUUGAAAGAUUCCUUCUGGAAUUGCAGUUAAAGUGGUAG